CCUGUCAGAGUGGGCAGCUCGGCCAUGCCAAGUGCAGGACCGUCUGGCCAGCAUGUUACUGUGGGAGACGUACCUGGUCAGCCUGCAGCUUUCCCUGUCCUGCUGCUGGGCCUUCAACUGCCAAAGCACCACGUCGUCUCCCGACUUCAGCCUCCCUGGGGACUACCUUGUUGCAGGCCUGUUCCCUCUCCACAGUGACUAUCCAGGGGUGAGACGCAGACCCACGGUGACCUUCUGUGACAGGUCCAACAACUUCAACGGCCACGGCUACCACCUCUUCCAGGCCGUGCGGUUCGGCAUUGAGGAGAUAAACAACUCCACCACCCUGCUGCCCAAUGUCACCCUGGGGUACCAGCUGUAUGACGUGUGCUCGGAGUCAGCCAACGUGUAUGCCACGCUGAGCAUCCUGAGCACGCUGGGGACACAUCGCGUGGAGAUCCCAGGAAACCCCGCCCACUCUUCCCCCAUGACCCUGGCGGUGAUUGGGCCUGACACCACCACCCAUGUCACCACCACGGCAGCCCUGCUGAGUCCCUUCCUGGUGCCCCUGGUCAGCUACGAUGCCAGCAGCGUGAUACUCAGCAUGAAGCGGCGGUACCCCUCCUUCCUGCGCACCAUCCCCAGUGAUGAGCUCCAGGUGGAGAUCUUGGUGCUGCUGCUGCAGAGGUUCGGCUGGGUCUGGAUCUCCAUGGUGGGCAGCGAGGGCGACUACGGGCAGCUCGGGGUGCAGGCGCUGGAGGGCCGGGCCACCCAGCAGGGCAUCUGUGUUGCCUUCAAGGACAUUGUGCCAUUCUCUGCCCGGCCGGGUGACGAGAGGAUGCAGAGCAUGAUGCGCCACCUGGCUCAAGCGGGGACCACGGUCGUGGUGGUUUUCUCCGGCAGGCAGCUGGCCAGGGUGUUCUUCGAGUCUGUGGUGCUGGCCAACCUGACUGCCAAGGUGUGGAUCGCCUCGGAAGACUGGUCCAUCUCCAGACACAUCAGCAGUGUGCCCGGUAUCCAGGGCAUCGGCUCGGUGCUGGGCGUGUCCAUCCCGCAGAGGCUUGUCCCUGGCCUGAAGGAGUUUGAAGAGGCUUAUGUCCGGGCAGACAAAGGAACCCUCGGGCCCUGCCCCAGGGGCUCCUGGUGCGGCAGCAACCAGGUCUGUAGAGAGUGUUGGGCUUUCACAGAGAUGCCCAGACUUGGAAAGUUCUCCAUGAGCUCUGCCUACAACGCGUACCAGGCCGUCUACGCCGUGGCCCACGGCCUCCAUCAGCUCCUGGGCUGCGGCUCUGGCGCCUGUGCUGGGGGCCGAGUCCACCCCUGGCAGCUUCUGGAGCAUAUCCGCAAGGUGAAUUUCCUCCUACACAAGCACAAUGUGAUAUUUAAAGACAACGGGGACCCCCUUGGUGGCUAUGACAUAAUUGCCUGGGAAUGGAAUGGCCCCGAAUGGACCUUCAGGGUCAUUGGCUCCUCCACAUCAUCCCCAGCUCGGCUAGACAUAAAUACAACCAAAAUCCAGUGGCAUGGAAAGGACAACCAGGUGCCUAAGUCUGUGUGUUCCAGCGACUGUCUUGAAGGGCACCAGAGAGUGGUUUGGGGUUUCCACCACUGUUGCUUUGAGUGUGUGCCCUGUGAGGCCGGGACCUUCCUCAACAAGAGUGACUUCUACCGCUGCCAGCCUUGCGGGAAAGAAGAGUGGGCACCUGAGGGAAGCCAGACCUGCUUCCCACGCACUGUGGUGUUUUUGACUUGGCAUGAGCCCAUCUCUUUGGUCCUGUUGGCAGCUAAUACGCUGCUGCUCGUGGUGGUGGCUGGGACUGCUGGCCUGUUUGCCUGGCACCUAGACACCCCCGUGGUGAAGUCAGCUGGGGGCAGACUGUGCUUCCUCAUGCUGGGCUCCCUGGCAGGGGGCAGCUUGGGCCUCUAUGGCUUCUUUGGGGAACCCACGUGGCCCACAUGCUUGCUGCGCCAAGGCCUCUUUGCCCUCGGUUUUGCCAUCUUCUUGUCCUGCCUGACAAUCCGCUCCUUCCAACUUGUCUUCAUCUUCAAGUUUUCUGCCAAGGUACCCACCUUCUUCCGUGCGUGGGUCCAAAACCAUGGUGCUGGCCUGUUUGUGGUGAUCAGCUCGACAGUCCAGCUGCUUAUCUGUCUAAUUUGGUUUGCAGUGUGGACCCCACUGCCCACCAGGGAAUACCAGCGCUUCCCUCAGCUGGUGGUGCUAGAUUGCACAGAGGCUAACUCACUGGGAUUCAUGCUGGCUUUUGCCUACAAUGGCCUCCUCUCUGUCAGCGCCUUUGCCUGCAGCUACCUGGGCAAGGACCUGCCAGAGAACUACAACGAGGCAAAAUGUGUCACCUUCAGCCUGCUCCUCAACUUUGUGUCCUGGAUUGCCUUCUUCACAGUGGCCAGUGUCUACCAGGGCCAGUAUCUACCUGCAGUCAACGUGCUGGCCGCGCUGAGCUGCCUGAGUGGCGACUUCAGCGGUUACUUCCUCCCCAAGUGCUAUGUGAUCCUGUGCCGCCCAGAACUCAACAGCACGGAGCACUUCCAGGCCUCCAUCCAGGACUACACCAGGCGCUGUGGCUCCACCUGACCCCUGGGUCAGGCAGGACCAAGCCAGGGCGGAGCGGACUGG